AUGAACGUCCAAUUAUUUUUUAACUUACUUUCAAAAGUUGAACCUUCAACUCCAACAACUUUACCAACUUUUGACAGUACAAAAGAAAAAUUAUCAAAAUUAUUUACUGAAAACGAAUUUAUUAAAUCUUUAUACCCAAAUAUUGAUUCAAAUACAUUAAAAACAUUAGAUGAAAUUUCAGAUGCUUUCAAUACUCAAGAUAAAAAGAAAGAAGUUUUAUUACAUAAAUUAAAUAAAGAUCUUUUAACUAAAACAUUUAUUUUAAAUGAAAAAUUAAGUGCAUUAGAUUUAGUAUAUUAUGUUAUUUUAUAUAGUUGGAUGAAUGAAUUAAAUGAUAAACAAAGAUUCACUUUUUGUAAUAUUACAAGAUGGUUUAAUUUAAUUCAAAAUCAAAAAUCAAUUUUAAAUAUUCAACCAUUAAUUACAAUUAGUGUUGUACCACCACCAGUUGAAAAGAAAGAAGAAAAGAAACCAGCAGCAGCAGCAGCAGCAAAUAAAACUGAAAAUGUUAAUGUUGAUAAAAAAUCAACUGAACAACAAACAAGUGAACAACAACCAAAAAAAGAGAAAAGAGUCGCACCAGUUGUUGCAGAACCACCAAUGGAUAUUUCAAGAUUUGAAAUUAGAGUUGGUAAAAUUGUUGAAUGUGAAAAACAUCCAAAUGCAGAUUCAUUAUAUGUUGAAAAGAUUGAUUUAGGUGAAAAGGAAGGUCCAAGAACCAUUGUAAGUGGUUUGGUUAAGUUCAUUCCAUUGGAUCAAAUGUUAAAUCGUAUGGUAUUGGUAUUAUGUAAUUUAAAACCAGCAAAUCUCAAAAGUAUCAAAUCCUUUGGCAUGGUUUUAUGUGCUUCAAAUGCUGAUCAUACUCAUGUUGAAUUUGUUGAACCACCAGCUAAUGCAACCAUUGGUGAACGUGUUGUCUUUGAUAAAUAUCCAGGUGAAUUCGAUAAAGUUUUAAAACCUGCAACUUUUGACGCUGUCAGUGCUGACUUUAAGACUGAUGAUAAUAAAAUCGCCUCUUAUAAAGGUGAUUUAUCAAAAACUUCUGCUGGUCCAUGUGUAGCUAAAACUCUUCCAAAUACUUUAAUAAAAUAA